AUGAUAUUAUGUACGGAUAAUCUUUAUUUCUUGUGUUUCAAUAUAACUGCUACAAAUACUUUGAGUAACAAUAAAUGCCAAUUCGCUCAAGGCGAAUUAAUUAGCUCUUCUAAUGAUACUACCUUGUAUAGAUAUGCCUUGCCGAAAAUAGUAACAAAGAAUUUUCGUUCGAUCAGAGAGGAGGAGGAAAGUGACAAAUCUCACCGUCUACUACCAGAAUGUUCGCGGUCUACGCACAAAACUGUGAAUUUCUCAAAGCCACGUCAAUUAGUGUACAAUUACGAUAUCAUCUGCAUUACCGAAACCUGGCUACAGCCCGCUAUACAUGACGGUGAAGUACUGGACCCCACUUACAACAUCUAUCGCAGAGAUCGUAACCAGGCAACGAGUGGUUGUCAGCGUGGAGGAGGUGUGCUCAUAGCUACAAAACGGCACAUUCAAGUAGAAUCGAUUCAAAUCAAGGAGAACAAUAUUGAGGAACUCUUUAUUAAAAUUAAGAUUAACAAUGACAAUCUUAUUUUAGGCUGUGUCUAUAUACCGCCACAUACCACGUACGAAGCCUAUCACACGCACUUAUCUGCUAUCUCUUUUCUUUCCGAUAGCUUCCAGAAUGCCAGUCUAUUGGUCCUUGGUGACUUCAACAUGGCAAGUAGCUCACCCAGAAAUGAAUGCACGAGAUUGUUAUACGACAGCUAUUCUACAUCCGGAUGCAAGCAAUGCAAUCGUGUAUUCAAUGAGCAGGGAAACUUACUUGACCUUUGCUUCAGCAACACCGGCACAAUCCCGUAUGGAACUGUUGCUCUGGUUCCUGAGGACAAGUAUCACCCGGCCCUAGCCUUUCAGCUCAACUUCCAGCCUAGCUUAACACCGGUCGGUAUCCCUAACUAUGCUUUCAAGAAGGCGGACUAUGCCAGCUUGAAUGUCUUUUUUAUGAGAACCAAUUGGACAGAUUUAUACCAGCAAAAAUCGGUUGAUGAAAAACUGCGUUGGCUCUACAACAUUAUUCAGGAAGGUGUUACCCAAUUCGUGCCGGUUUACUUCAGCAAACCCAGUAGAUUUCCACCUUGGUUUUCUAGGGAAUUAACUGAGAAAAUCAUCCUGAAAAAAGCAGCGCACACACAGGUAGAAGGGUCACUGAAAGAUGAUACCAAAGCGUUCUGGAAUUAUAUCAAGGAUAAGAAGCGAGGAAACAGUGACAUUCCAGCAUCCAUGGUCUGGGAUAAUCAAUCAGCAUCAAGUGGCGUAGAGAUCAGUAAUUUAUUUGCACAGUUCUUUAAAAGCAUAUAUGCACCGGUGUCUGACGAUAGCGUAACCCUAGCACACUCACACCCUUACACGCAAUCGGUAAACUUAAAUGACUUUGAGGUUACCUUUGAUAAUGUCUUCAAGCAACUGAACUCCGUAGAUCCUAGUAAAGGUGCGGGACUUGAUGGCCUACCGAAUGCCUUUCUUAAGAACUGCGCCAAUGGCCUCUGUGAAACGCUGACACACAUUUUCCAAUCGUCUCUGCAGUGUGGUGUUUUUCCUACAGACUGGAAACUCUCGUACAUCAGCCCCAUUCAUAAAGAAGGUCCAAAGAAAACAGUCACGAAUUAUCGGCCAAUCUGCAUUCAGUCGGCCUUGGCUAAACUUUUUGAAAAGCUGAUCCUACCGAAACUCUCUGCUGCUUUUGAUCCAAUCAUUACCACAAGACAGCAUAGUUUUAUUAGUAGCGUUCAACGUCAACUAACCUUUUCGCCUACACCAACUAUCUACUGA